AUGCCUUCCCUUCCCGGUUUCUUGACUGCAUUGAAGAAGAAGUUUAAGAAGGAGAAGAAGGGAGCCCGGACCGGCAGCGCGGAAAAUAUCGAUGACGUCGAGGAGCCGGCCGCGAAGAAUGACAAGCCAGAGCGCAGCGGGAUGGCGGCCGUCGAGGAAAGCUUGAGAAAGAAGAACAAGAAGAAGAAGGGCGACGCCGGAACACGACAACAUAAGACCGGUGGCGACAUGAUGAACAAGACGCAGGACGGCGGAGACGGUGUACCCAUUACGCCACCACCACCUACAAAGUCUGUCCGAACGUUCGGCUACAUUUGUGGAGUGACAGUU